AUGGGCCUUUUGUCUUUUGAUCCACCGGAGCUCGUCUUCCAAGACGUCCUCCUGAAUCAGGCAUACACUCAGGAAUUGGUGGUGACAAACCACUUGGCAAUCGCCGUCACCAUAUCCAUCCGGCCAGGCAGCUCCGAGCGCUUUUCGGUGGCCCCCCCCUCCCUCACUCUUGCGGCAGGCGCCAGUGCGUCUCUGGCGGUCACUCUCAAAGUACUCAAGUUUGCUGACCGCAGAAAAGCAGAGACCGUGGGCCAGAGAGAUAUCUUCCAUGUCAAGUCGUCUUUCUCCGAGCACAAGUUCUACUCCACCUUCUUCCUUGCGCCCCCCGCGCCCCCUCCUUACCCCCCUUCUCAGUACGGGGGCCUUCUCUCCCCCCCUCACGAACGGCGCCCUCGCUCCGUGACGCCCCCCUGGGGGGGAACCCAAACAAACCGCCACCGGCGCGAGGGGCUGCAAGUGCCCCACUCUGAUGCCCCCCAGGAAGAGCGGAGGACGAGUUUCGAGCAGACGCGGCAUCCAUCGCCCGGGGGCACUUCAAGGAGGCUGGCAAACGAGGGGCGGGGAGACGAAAACCCGAGAGCGUUUUCUGCAACAGGCUCGCACCGGUUGGGGCCUAUGCCGGGAAGUGGGCGUGCGCUGUCCCCUGCUCGUGAGCAUGGCAUUACGGUUUCACAACGAGAACGUUCUCUGGGGGGCCUGGACUCGCCCCCCUCUUCGUGCUCCCCCCCACGCGCGAGAGCCCCACCAAGCAUUCCCAGUAGUCCGAGACAGCGGGGCAUGCAGGAACAGAACGGGCUACCACAUUCUGGUAAGGAGACGGGGGCCGAAGCCCAAGACAGCAGGAACACGGCAGAGGCGUUGCUCCAGGAAAAGGAGGAGAUCAUAGUGGCGCUCAAGUCGCAACUCGAGGUCCGCACAGCACGAGUGCUGGCGCCGCGCGGGGGCCGCGGGGAUCCCCCUCCGGUGGAGGAACUGUUGGAGCGGGUCGGGGAGGCAGAGGGCGCCAAUGAUGAGCUGAGAGCGAGACUGCGGGAAGUGACCGCUGAGCUGGCGGGGGUGAAGGAAGAGCGGACGACGCUGCUGCAGUUGCAGGAGAUGCUCGAGGCGGCCACGCCAGACGCGACGACGCUUGCCGAGGCGGCGCGCGUGCGCGAGCGGGCGCAUGCAGCGAGCAGGGAAGAAAAGAUGCUGGCACUCCUCGCUGCCAAGGACGCCGCCCAAGCGUCGCUCGAACGCGACAUGGAGGCUGCAGGCUCCGCUCUAGAGGGGAUGCGCAACUCUUUGGAAGCGAUGGGGGCGCAACUAGAGGCGAGCGAGGCGCACGUCGUGGAACUGCUGGAGGGGCGCCAGGGGGUGCGCGAAAGCGCGCUCUCUCAGGCGCAGGAAAUGCAGCGCGUGCUGGACGAAGCGAGGGAAGAACGGGAUGCGGCGGAGAAGCGGGCGCACGCGGCGGAGAACGACAGGGCUGCGUUGCAGGCCCGGCUGGAGGAGCAAGAGGCUCGGCUGGACGAUCUGAGCCAGGCGAACGAGGCGCUGACGGCCCAGCUGCAGGCGGCGCGCCAGGCGGAGCAACAAGCGCACCGCGCGACGGCUCGCAUCUCCGAGCAGGAGGCAGCAGCGAGCGUAUCAGAGCCUGCCAGCUGGCGGCGCGCGCUUGCGGAGGCGGAGGCUGCCCUGAGCGCGAAAGACGACCUGGUGCAGCAGCUAGAGGAGAUGCUGAGCCAACAAAUGGAUCGCAUCCAGACCCUCACAGCCCAACUGCACGCUGCGCCACGACCCACUUUUGCACCCCCCGGCAACACCUUCCCAGAAAUAUCGCCCACAGAACCCCGUGCCUCAGACGCCGCCGACUUGCCCCCCGAGCCGCGAAGCGCCCGGCCGAACGGCCCUCAAUUCGCCGUGGGGGGUACAGAAGAACCCCCAAUCUCCCCCCGGGGACGAACUAGUUACGGCACGCUCAUGAGCCGGGGGGGUUUGGGUACUAGAAAGAGCCCCCAACGGGCGCCUGUGCGGGCACCCUCCGAAGUCGAGGAUAACGGGACGCGAACUAGAGGCGGGAAGAGCGGGUUGCGGAAGGGAGAAGCGGCAGAGGGUUUGGUAGCGCGGGCGGAGGCGGCGGAGCGGGCGGCGCGGGAGUUGGAGGCGAAGGUGGAGCAACUGCAGGAGAGGCUGCAACUAGAGCGGACGGAAGGGGGGCGGCGGAUGGAUGGGGACCAAGCUCUGGCCAAAAACGCUCUGCUUCAGGUAGAGGUGGAUCGGCUGCGCAUUCAGCUGACGGACCUGGAGCGCGAGCUGGCGGCCGCGACGGCGGGCGUGGCGCAGCGCGAGCGCAAGUGGCUGGACCACAAGGAGGCGGCCGCGCGGCGCGCGCUCGCGGCCGCGGCGGCGCAUGCGGCGGAAGUGGGGAGCGCCACGCGCAGGGCCGCAGAAGCAGAGCGGAAGGCGGCCGUGGCCGGAAUGGAGGCGCGGCAGCUGGGCGAGGAGCUGCAGGCCGCGAGAGCGGAGACGGAGAGGGCACGUGCCGCAGCGGAGACCGGCAAGGGGGCCGCGGAGAAGCGGGUGGCGGCCAAAGAGGACGCAGUGCGGAAGCUCCAGGAAGAGGCACUGGCCCUGCGGCGGGCAGCGGAGCAGGCGGCUUCGGUGGCCGACGAGAAGGGUCUCCAGGUGACGGUGCUCAUGGAGACGGUGGAAACGCUGCACAGCGGAAGUGAGGCGGAACGGGAGCAGCGCCUCGUUACGUUGACCGCGCAGCUCGCGGGGGCCAAGGCCAUCCAGGCGGCGCUUGAGAGGAGGGCUACUUUGCUGCAGGACGAAGCUCGCCACGCGGGCCAAGUCGGCGCCGCCACGGCCGCGGAACUUGAGCGGGUGCGCGCGCGGUUGAAGCAGCGCGAGCAGCGCCUGGCGCAGAGCGCGGGCGCGCACGAGGUUCUUCGGCGGGAAGCGGCCGUUUUGAAAGCGGACCUGCGCGAUCGGGACGCGCAUUCAGCGGGGCUGGCGCGAGAGGUGGACAGGUUGAAGGAGGCGCUGGGCGCCAAGACGGAGGAGGCGGAGAGUCGCGGGGCGGCAAUGGAGCAGCAGGGGAAGAGGCUACUGGCGCAGCUGCAGCGAGAACGUACAGAGGCAGCCGCGCAAGACCAAUCCCUCCGCGAGGAACUGUCGGCCGUGUCUUUCCCGCAAGCUACAGAAGUGGGUCUCCCGCCGCCCAUCGCUGCGCGCCUCCAAGAAGCGCUGGACAAAACCGUCGGCGCAGACUGGCAGGCGGUGGUUAUCUCCCGGUUAACCAGUCUGGUUAUGGAUAGUGAACGUCAGUUAAGCCGCGCCCAAGCGGAGGGGCGGAUGAAGGGCGGAGAGGCCGCGCGGUUGCGGGAACACGUGGCAGCGCUAGAGAGCGCGCUGGAGCGGAAGAUCGGCGAGUGGGAGGUUUCGGAGGGGCGGCUUGCGGUGGCGCAGGUGCGGCGAGAGCAGCGGAAAAGCGACGACGCGGGAUGGGCCGAGGCACGUGUGGAGUUACUCACGGGGCGCGUGGAGAGUCUGGGGGCGCAACUAGAGAGGGCGCAAAAGGAGUUGGUGGCCGUGAGGGUGGAGUUGGCGGGGGCGGUACAAGAGGGCGCGCGGUUUAAGGAGCAAGCGGAACGGCUUGGAAGGAGAGUGAUGGUAGCGGAAGCGGAUUUGGCCGCGGGAAAAGAUGCGGAGCGGGGGCAGGGAGGGGAGAGUCAGGAGAGCGGCAAGGGGGAUGAGGAGAUCAAGACGUGGUUCGAAGAACAGGUUUUGCGAGCGCUUCUUCGAGCGGACCCCCAAGAGAAGCUGGUGGCGAUCACUCGCGAGCUCGCGGCGCUCAAGCUCGCCAACGGGCAACUCCAAGAUUUCCUUGCACGCGCGCGCCAAAAACAAGACGCUGCCGUGUCACACGCUUCCGCCCUACACCGCGUGAUCGAUCAACUAGAAUCCAAGCUCGAGCGAUCCGGCUCCGGUCCCUCCGGAACGGACGAGUCCGCCGAGCCGGAAGCCUGGGGGGAUCCCCGGGUGACGUCAGCCGCUGAGCUGGCGGCCCGGCUGGCGGUCAAGACCCAGGAGCUGUUCGCACUCCAGGACGAGGGGUUGGCGCUUCGGCAGAGGAUCGCGCGGCUCGAAGCGGAUCUGACGGAAGCGCAAGCGCAGCAGACUGAGAGCGUCGGGGCGGUUGGGCGGCAGCGGGAGCAACUAGAGGCAGCGGCGCGGGCGAGAGCGGAGGAGGCGGCGGCGCUUCACAGGGAGGAGCUGAGGAAGGUGCGGCAGGAACUAGAGGCGGAGGCGCGCGCGCACCGGCAGGAGCGGGCGGCGCUGCACCAGGAGAAGGUGCGAGUGCUGGAAGAGGCUCAGUCAGAGCACGCGGCGGCUCUGGCAGCAGUCCAGGCGCAGCUGGCUGAGGCGGUGCGGCAGCAGCAGAGUCUCCAGGGGGUACAACAGACGGCGCGCCGCAUCCCCCAGCUAGAGCAAGAACUGGAACAGUGCAGGACGGAAAACGAGCACCUUGUGUCCAAAGUCGGCGCACUCACUUCCCAACUAGCGGCCCUACAAGACGAGCGCGAGUUGCAAGCAGGCGUAGUCUCCGAUCUCGAGCGCAUCCUGGCCCGUAUUGAGCACGCGGGUGCAAGCCCCGCUCGGGGGGGGACCAGCAAGACUGCGGUGGCGGGGGGAUCCCUUGCGGCGGUGUCAAAGCAGCUGGUGCAGGCGAAACUGGCGGAGGCGGACGCACAGAGGAAAUUGCGGGUGAGUGCACGGGCGGAGUUAGAGUUGCGCCAACUCCUGGCCGAGCGCGAGAAGCGCAUCGACCAACUGAAGCAAGGGCGGGUCGCGCUCUCCCCCCGGCCCGGUCCCGCGCGCGCCGAACAAUGGACCGACUCAGAGGACGGGACUGGAGAGGAGUUCGGCGAGCAGCGGGCGGCGUGGCGACAGCAAGUGGUGGAGCUGCGCCUUGAGGUCGCCAAAAAGGAGGCCGCGAUAGCGGGGCUGCAAGGGGCGUUGGCAGACGCCACUGCCAACGGACGGCGACAGGACGCGGACCUCCAGGAGAUCUUCCAGCAGCGAGACGAGCUGGAGCGGCAACUAGAGGCGGCGCUCCAGGCGGAGCGCAAGCUGCGGCGGCGCGUGCAGUACUUGGAGGAGGACCACGUGCUCACCGCCGCGGCCAUCUCAUCUGCUGUUGUCGCGGACGGGGCCGGGACGCUCAACCGGGCGCCCCCGCAAGGACCGCUCACGGUCUCCGUUCAGAAACUGGUCCAAAGGCUGCGAGACAAGGACCUGGCGUUACGCAAGAUGCGUCAGCGGAAAGCCGGCAGCAUGACGUCUGCGUCGAAUUUGGAGACGGUUCUGGCUCCCGCUUCCGACGAAUCGAGCUCCUCCCUACUUGACUCCCAGAGCUUGGUCAUCCAACAGCUUUCAGCCCGAAUUGCGACCCUACUCGAGGAACAAACCCGGCUGCGCGCCGAACGCGUUACCUUGCCCCCUCAACCCGCACUUCAAAUCACUGACUCCGCCCCCCCGGCCGCCGCCCCAGCGCCCCCGGUGUCCCCCUCGGAGGAGGCCCCGCUGCCACGUGUCGCCUCCUGGUCCGACCGCCUCUCCACACCCAAGCAUCCAAAACCGUCGGUGUUUAAGAACGCUCAGAAAACGUCUUCUUCUCAGUCAGCCGCAACUGUGAACGGCGGUACGAUGACGCGCCACAACGACGGGCCACGAUCGCCAAAGCCCCGGCCUGUUUCGCCGGCAAUUCGGCGACCGCAAAAUGUGGAUCGGCCGACGGAAGGGGGCUCGGCAGCCGUUGCCGAUGUGAACGGAGUCCGGCCGGAGAUCCAAAGGGGAGAGUCGCAGAACGGUGAAACAGGCGAGUCAGUACAGCAGAAACAAGCGGUGGAGAUGGUGGAAGGACACGUAGCGUGGGGGGAAAGGCAGCCGUCCGCGGAUUCCGGCAGACGCAACGGGGAAAUUUCUGGGAUGGAACCUGCUCUAGGAAACCCCAGCCGAGGUUUGAUGGGAGCACCAAAAGGGGCGCGGUCCUUCGUAGAUCUCCACCAGACUGGUGCGAUUCGUUCAGACAAAGGCCAGUCUCUCGAAAGUACGCACCGAAGCACGGAGAAUCUACCAGAGCGAGAGAGCAAAGCUCCCUCUAAUGCUGCGAAAGCCCCGGAGGCGGCGGCGGUCUCGGCGCUGUGCGAUCUGCUGUUACAGCACAUGGAGGCGCUGGAGGCGAGUAAACUGGAGGUGCGCGCCGCGGCCGCGGGGGCGGCGGCGCUCGGAAAAGCGAGAGCAGCGGAACACAAGGACGAGACCGGACGGACCGAGUUUGGGCGGAACGAGAACGGACGGAACGAGAGCGGGCGGAGCGAGGAAGCACGGGACGACGAGGGCGCUGCGAAAGGGAGUGGGCGAAAUUUCAACGAGGGGAGACUGAACGGGGGACAGGGUUCAAGUGGGCUGUUACGAGGAGGGAAGAGGGAAGUAAGUGAAGAACCGGUUUUGAGUAUACUGCCGGAAAAGCUGGAGGCGACUGCGGGGGCUAUGGCAAAAGAGCUGACGGCAAUGAGGGCGGCGCUUGCCGUGCUGACGCAAGGGCUUGGGAGUCUGCACGCGCCUCAGACCCAGGGACCGGGGAAAUGUGGCGUGGGGAGAGUGGUGCAAACCGAGAGAGUCAGCCACGCAGACUCAGCGGUCCAAACAGUUGGAACCGCUCGGGACGAAGGCGAGAUGUCGGGGCGAGUGGGGGUGCACAGCACGGCUACAGCCGACAACCACGCUUCCGUUGGUAUUGUGACUACAGCCCAGAUUGAUGUUCCUGUCUUGAGGAAGACUACAGCCCAGACUGACGUUUCAGUUCAGACGGAGGCGUUGGUUCACACCGACCGUACUGCACAGACGGUUGCCACAUUGGCCGAGGAUGCGACUGCCCAAACGGACCCUCAUUCAAGCGGAACCAUUGCCCGGACGGAACACGGUCUUGACGGAACUCUUGGUCAAGCGGAAAUUGCGGUCGGAGGUAGUCUAGGAGGACCGAUUAGACGGAACAGUGGAGUGUUGCGCGAUCAGUGUGACGCCAUUUUCCAGACGGAUUUGCCGGUUCCGUUUGCAACUGUGGCAAGUGCUACAGCUGUAGCUAAUUCAGUUGCUGUUGGUGAAAGUGAAGGACGGCAGUCGCCCGCUUUUACAGAGUCUGGGCCACUAGAUCGACAAGUUAGCGCGAUUGACACCACAGCAACGCUCGAAACAUGGGGUCCCAUCGACCCCGCACGUAGUGAAGCGGUCAGACUGGGCAGAGUGUUGGAGCAAAGCGGAUCAGUGCAACAAGUUGGAUCAAAGAUCGCGAUUAGGCCUGCAUCCGUUGGCGUGACUAACGGUCAUGGUUCGGAGGGGAGGCAAGCUGUCCCCAAUGAUAGUGUACUUGUCUACCCCCCUGUCAGACAACGGGAAAAUAUAGCCGCUGGCGAAGUGCAGGAUUGCAGCGCAUUGGACGGCGAUAGUGCUAACCACAGGUCGUUGGGUGCGGGGGCUGAAGGUGCCACUGGGCGAGGCUUGGUUGGAGAAAGUAAUGGGGAUGGGCUAGUCCCGUGGGGAGCGAAUCGUGCGGCUGAGGGACAGACCGGGGGGUCUGUGAGACAGUCCGCGACAGAGCAGAGCCAAGUUCGCCUCUCCCAAUCCAACAACGCCCCUCCGGAAUCGCGCGCGGAUUCUACACUUGCCUCCAUGCAACGCCCAGAAGCGGCACAGCCAAAUCUGACCGACUUUGGUAGUACCGCAGGAGGCGCGGCCAGCGUUGAUGGGCGGGAAGGGGGUUCUCACGGUGCGCUCUUGGCUGCGGAGCGCCACUCUUCCGGGCCGGAAGAUCUUCCUUUUGCGGUGGUUCCGGUGUUCCAAGACCGUGAGUGGACCCAGCAAGCACAGCUGAUUCAAAGCCAAUCCAACGCUGCGGUCGCCGGCGGUGCGGUGUCAAGCAUGGGGCCCUUGACUGCGUCUUGCGAAGUUGGCACCAUGACAGAUCCGCUCGUAGAGACGGUGCUCGGCGCAGAUCCAACCUCUAGCUCUGGACAAGGAGAAGAGAACCGAAAAAUGCCCCGUGGGUUGCUAGCAACGCAAGGAAGAAGUGAGAAUCUUGAGAAGGGAACUGAGACCGACUUUGGAGAGACGGCGGAGCGGGCAGCGCAAACGUACGUUGAAUGUGCAGACCGGAGCGCAGGGCCGGGGCCGGGGGCGGAAGCAGCGGAAACGGAACACUCUCUGAGGGAAGCGCAAGUAGAGAAGCUGCAAACGGAAGCCUCCUCAAGGGAUGCGCAACUAGAGACGCUACGAAAAGCGGUGGAAGAGUGGGAGCGGCGGUGCAUGGCGGUAGAACUGGAGCGGGGGAAGCUUAUUGAGGCGGCUCGCCAGCGGGAGACUCUUAUGGAGAGCAGAUUGGAAAUAGAGCGGCGGAGUCGGGAGGAGGAGGGGCGGCGGCAUGCUGAGCAGGUCGCGGCCGCGUCGGCAACCGCUCAGGCUACUGAAGCCGCCCUCCAAGCCGCCCUCGCCUCCGAACGCGUGGCCUGCCAAGAAGCCCGCCACGCGCUGCAAGCCGUGACCGCCUCCCACGCCUCCGCCGAGGCCCGCUUACGCGAGCUUGACGUCAGCGCGCGUGCUGACGUCGGCGCGGGCGCGCGGCUCGCGGCCGGCGCCGCGGUGAUGUCAGCGGUGCAGCAGGAGGUGGCCGUUUUGAAAUCGGUGGUGGGCAGCGAACGGCAGGAGCAUCGACGGCUGGUGGGCGCGCUGAGGGGCGCGCUCGCGCAAGCGGAGGAGCAGGCGGGGCGCGAGAAAGAGGCGCUGGCGAAGGAACUAGAGGCGGCGAAGGAGGCGGGGGAGCGAGGGAGGGCUGCCGUGCAGGAGGGAGAGCAGGCAUUGGCAGUGGCAAAUGAGCGCUUGGCAGCGCUGCGGCGGCAGUGUGAAGCGGAGAUGGAGGCGGGGGCCCAAGCGCGGAGCGGGCAGCAGGAGCUGGCGCGCCAGCUGGUAGAAGCUCAGCGGCUACUCCAAGAAGCGCAGCCACGUGGCAUGGCUGGGCAGCAGAGCGCCGGGCAAGAAAGUGUCCUUUUCGAGGAGCGGGACGGGCCCCCAUCUGCCCCUCAAAACGGUCCCAGUAAGGGGCAGGCCGCUGCGGUUCUUGAUGGGGAGGCUGGUCGGCGAGACGAGCAGCAGAGGCAGCAGUGGGCGCGCCUGGCUCGCGCACAGAGGUACACGCAUCUGCUCCAAGCGUUGCGUUCAGAGUACAAGCGCCGCGCUCUAGAGGCUGCCCAGAGAGUGGCGCAACUAGAGGCGGCGAUUGCGGAGGAGCGGGCUCGGCGGGCGGAACUAGAGGCGGCAGCGGGGCGGGAGCGGGAACGACUGGUGGAGCAGCACAUACAAAACUUGCAGGACGUCGAGGCGAAAAUGCUGGCAGCACAGGCCAGGUGGCAGCAAGAAAUCGUCGCCGCACGCACCGACGCCGAGGAGAAAGUCAUUAAAGCGGAAGCCGCUCUGGCGGAAGCUCGAGAGCUCUGGGCCGCGGAAUCCGCAGUAGAGCGCAAAGAGUGGGAGGUGAAAGUAGAGGCUGGAAUCGUAUACGCGCGCGAGCGCCAAGCCGAGCGGGACGCCUGCCAGGUGGCGCUCCAGGAGUGUGCGGAGCAGAGGGAUACGUGGCAGCGCGAGGGGCAGGCCGCCGUGGCGCGCUUACAAGCGGAGUAUCAACGAUACCGCGCGCUGAAGGAACGCGAAGUCCAGUCCCUCGAGGCGCGGCUCCAAGCGCUCGCGCACAACACCUUCCAUCACGAUUCCCCCCCUCAACCCCGACGCCUUUCUCCCCCCACUCGCGACACCGAUUCCUCCCGGGGGAAGAUUUCACACGGGCCCCCGGGCCCCGAAUUACCAGAGUGUCCAAACCCCGAGGCGUGGGCCCGACAGGUGGCGGACGCUGCACAGGCGAUGCGCGCAGUCGCGGAGAGCGAGGGGCUGCGCGCGAUGGCGGGGGAGCUGCAGUUUGCGCGGCAGGAAAAGUGCGCGCUCGAGGGGAGGCUCGCGCAGUCGGGAGAGCGAGUCGAGCAGCUGCGGGCGAAGCUGGCGGCAGCGUCGGCGGAGCUGGUGGACGUAAAGCGGAAAGCGGCGCGCGAGGUGGGCGCGCUUCAGGAGCGGCUGCGGGCCGCCCAGAAGGUCGCCGCCACGCACUCCCCCGAGGUCUGGCAGCAGCAGGCGGACGCGCUCGCGACGUGCCAGGCGGAGCUAAAGGCCGCACGCGCAGACGCGGCGCGCAAGUCCCGGCUCCUCAACAGCCUCGAGGGCGAGUCCAAGCAGCGCGCGGCCGCGGCCGCGGCUGCGGUCGACGCGCGCGCGGCUCUCGAGGCGGAGCUUUCGAAGUCGAAGCUGGCGGCCGCGCGGCAGGCCGCUGUGGUCAAGGAACUGCACCGGAAACUAGAGGCGGCGGCCGGAGUGGACCGCGACGCGAGCGGGGAUCAGAAACGGAUGCAAGCUGCGGAGGAAAAAGUGCGGAGCUUGAGUGCGGCGCUCAAGAGUAAGGAGGCGGCUUUGAAGGAGGCGAGAGAAAGGGCGGAAGUCGCGGCAAACGCGGCAGAAAGGGAGAAAGAGAAAGAGCGGGAGAAAGAUAGGGAGGGGCUCGAGGCCGCGGUCAAGAGGUGGCAGGCGGAAGCUGCUCGAAGGGAGGCCUUGCUGCGCUCGUGCCGCAACCAACUCGACGCCGCGCGGGCCGAGCGCGAGGCCGAGGCGGCAGCUGCCGAAGAUCGACUCGCGGCUGCGCAGCGGCAACUAGAGGUGGCGAGAGAAGAACUCGGCGUGGCUCGCGCGGCCGAGGCCGAGCUCGGAGCCCUUGCAGCGGCGCUAACUAAAACCGGUGCGCGCGCGGCGCGCGCUUUACGAGCGGCGGGCGAGAUCAUAGAAAAGCAGGGUGCGGGGGCGGAGAGUGAGGGGAGCGAGGAAUGGCGGGAGCAGGGUGGGGAAACGGCGGCGGCGGCAGAGUUGGUGCAUCUAAGAAUGGACGAAGUGAGGCAUCUCAUGGGGAAAGGACGAAAACCGUCUUCCGGGGGGGUGGUUUUAGAAGGGGUUUUGGCGGAGGUGGAGCGGUGCCGGCAGAGCGGGGGAGGGGAGAAGGGAAAAGGGAGGAAAGGGGGGGCGCGGGAGCUCACGGCGAGUUUGCAUAGGGCGCUUGCUGUAUUGGAACAGGAAGUGCGGUGGGGGGAGGUCAUGGCGGCGGGCGCAUAA